AUGCUUUUCGCUAACCAAGCUCAGCAGGUGCUCCGUGACGGAGCUUCAGAGGAGAAGGGUGAGCGUGCCCGCCUCAUGAAUAUUAUGGGUGCCGUAUCGGUUGCCGAUAUUGUGAAAACGACCCUUGGACCAAAGGGAAUGGACAAGAUUCUUCAAGGCAUGGAUCGGUCUCAGGGAGUACGUGUGACCAAUGAUGGUGCUACUAUACUCAAGUCCCUCUUCAUGGAUAACCCAGCAGGAAAAAUUCUCAUUGACAUGAGUAAGACCCAGGAUGACGAAGUUGGUGAUGGAACCACGAGUGUGACCGUUCUCGCCGGUGAACUUCUUCGAAACGCUGAGAAACUGCUAGACCAAUCGAUUCACCCUCAAACGAUCAUCGAAGGAUACCGUCUAGCUACGCAAGUUGCACGUGAGGCACUGGUUGCCUCCGCUGAAGACCACGGUAGUGACGAGAAGUUGUUCUAUGACGACUUGAUCAGGAUUGCCAAAACGACUCUGAGUUCUAAAAUUAUUACUGUGGAAAAGGAGCACUUCGCCAAGCUUUGUGUAGACGCUGUUCUUCGCUUAAAGGGAAGUGGUAACCUUGAAAUGAUUAAUAUAAUGAAAAAAUUGGGGGGAACCCUCCGUGACAGCUACCUUGAACCUGGUUUCUUACUCGAUAAAAAAAUUGGUGUCGGCCAACCGCGUUUCCUAGAGGACGCUAAGAUUCUGGUAGCGAACACUCCCAUGGACACCGACAAAAUCAAGAUUUUUGGAGCCAAAGUUCGAGUGGAAAGUGUGUCGCAGUUGGCGGAAGUUGAAGCUUCAGAGAAGGAAAAGAUGAAAAACAAGUGUAUGAAGAUAAUAAAGCACAAUAUCAACUGCUUCAUUAACCGCCAACUUAUCUACAAUUAUCCCGAAGAAAUCUUUGCCCAGCACGGAAUUAUGGCAAUUGAACACGCUGAUUUUGAGGGGAUUGAACGACUUGCCAAGGCACUGGGUGCCGACGUGCUUUCACAGUUUGACGAGUCUCAGAAUGUCAAGUAUGGCUUUGCAAAGAGGAUUGACGAAAUUAUGAUCGGUGAGAGCACCGUUAUACGGUUCUCUGGUCUCCCCAAGGGCGAAGCAUGUACGAUUGUGGUUCGCGGAAUGUCGCAGCACAUUUUAGAUGAAGCUGAGCGUUCCAUCCACGAUGCACUCUGUGUUAUUUCACAAACCAUCGGUGAAACGAGGACGGUGCUGGGCGCUGGGUGCUCUGAAUUUGUCAUGGCACGCGCUGUUGAGGAAAGGGCCAAAACAACACCAGGAAAGAAGCAGCUCGCGAUGAUUGCCUUUGCUAACGCACUCCGGAUGAUCCCAUCCAUCAUCGCCGAUAAUGCGGGGCUUGACAGUAAUGAUCUGAUCACUCGCUUGCAGGCGGAGCACUAUCAAGGUCGUAAUACAUUUGGGAUCGAUGUUGUAAAGGGCGAUGUUGCUGACGUCAAGGCCCUUGGGAUCACUGAGUCGUUCAAGGUUAAAAGUUCUGUCUUGGGCUACGCUGCUGAGGCUGCUGAAAUGAUACUUCGCGUUGAUGACAUCCUUCGGGCUGUGCCACGCAAACGGACUCAAUGA